AUGGCAGACAUCCACGAUCAUGGCUUCUCUGUUUGUUUUGGCCUUCUAGGCAAUAUUUUGUCGUUCCUCGUUUAUCUUGCUCCAUUGCCAACUUUCUACAGGAUUUUCAAGAAGAAAUCAACAGAAGGUUUUCAAUCCAUACCAUAUUCAGUAGCACUUUUCAGUGCCAUGUUGUUGCUCUACUACGCCUCCCUCAAGAAACAUGAUGCAUUCAUGCUCAUCACCAUCAAUUCAAUUGGCUGCUGCAUUGAAUCCAUAUAUCUCUUAUUGUACAUGGUUUAUGCGACCAAAAGCGCCAGGGUAUACACGACAAAGCUGCUCAUAUUUUUCAACUUUGGGGCAUUAGGAUCAAUUAUACUUCUCACAUUCCUAUUUUCAAAGGGCUCUAUUCGAAUUUCCGUUGUGGGGUGGAUUUGCGCCGUCUUCUCUGUCUGUGUCUUUGCUGCUCCACUUAGCAUCAUUAGGUUAGUUAUCAAAACGAAGACCGUCGAAUAUAUGCCGUUCCCAUUGUCAUUCUCCUUGACUCUCUGUGCUGUAACGUGGUUCCUCUACGGCUUUUCAUUGAGAGAUUACUACAUAGCUACACCAAACAUUCUGGGAUUCAUCUUUGGGAUAACUCAGAUGAUAUUAUACCUCCUGUAUCGCGGCGGACAAAAAGAACUAAUCUUGCCAGAGAUCAAGGCACAAGAAACCUUGCCAGAGAGCAAGGCAAAAGAGCAAGCUAAUGGUGUUCAACUUAGCACAGUAAAUCAGCAUCAAGAAGCACCUGCCAUGAAUAAUGGAGUUGGAGGGAUGAUUAGCAGCUCGCAGAUUGUGCCAAGUGAAACCAACGUGUGA